UUUUUCUGUUCGUUAGUUGAGUGAGUUUGUGUGUCACCUAAUUCCCCUUGCAUUGGGCUCUCCGCCUCCCUCUCUCUCCUACUCCCUCAUCUCUCCGCUACAAGGAGGAUUCGUUUCUCUAAGUUGUCUUCGUUGUGGACAAGGCUCGGAAGGCAAGGGAUUUUGCGCAUCACAUUGGCACGGAGCUACAGACCUAGUGUUUUUUCAGGGCAGCUGUGAUGGAGUUUGCGGGCGGGGCGGGAGCGACAGCGUUGCGAAGCGCGAGCAAUGGCAUUGUGCAGUGGGGAAGUCAGGUGGGCGCGAGCUUCAAUCGAGGGGCUGCGCCGAGGAGCCAGAGGAAGGGAUCUGUGGUGAUCUCUGCCAAAAUCAAGAAGGGGAAGAAAAGCUCUGAGCACGAGUAUCCAUGGCCAGAGAAGCUGCCGCAGGGCGAGUUCACAGAUGGGGCCCUGAAAUUUCUGAAUCGCUUCAAGCCAUUGACUAACCCGCCGAAGCCUGUGACUCUCCCCUUUGAGAGACCCAUUGUCGACCUCGAGAAUAAGAUUGAUGAAGUCCGGGAGCUUGCAAAUAAGACAGGCAUGGAUUUUACUGACCAAAUUGCCGAGCUCGAAGAGAGAUAUGACCAGGUGCGUAGAGAACUGUAUGGGCAACUUACACCAAUGCAGCGCCUUAGUGUGGCCCGUCAUCCUAACCGGCCAACUUUCUUGGACCACGUCAUGAAUAUGACCGACAAGUGGGUGGAACUUCAUGGCGAUCGAGCUGGAUUCGAUGACCCUGCUUUAGUCUGUGGUAUUGGGUCCAUGGAAGGAAUGAGCUUCAUGUAUAUUGGUCACCAGAAAGGUCGGAAUACAAAGGAGAACAUCUACCGUAACUUUGCCAUGCCUAUGCCAAACGGAUAUAGGAAAGCUUUGCGCUUCAUGCGACAUGCAGAGAAAUUUGGUUUUCCUAUCCUCACCUUUAUUGAUACCCCCGGAGCAUAUGCUGGCAUCAAAGCCGAAGAACUUGGGCAGGGUGAAGCUAUUGCUUUCAAUUUGAGAGAAAUGUUUGGCAUCAAGGUGCCCAUCAUCGCGACAGUAAUAGGAGAAGGUGGCUCUGGAGGUGCACUUGCCAUUGGAUGUGGUAAUAGGAUGUUGAUGCUCGAGAAUGCUGUCUACUAUGUAGCAAGUCCGGAAGCAUGCGCUGCUAUUCUCUGGAAGACUGCUGCGGCUGCUCCUAAGGCCGCAGAUGCUUUGCGUAUCACUGCGCAUGAAUUGCAGAAAUUGGAUGUUGUGGACGAUAUCAUUCCGGAACCGGUAGGUGGUGCACACUCUGAUCCAGUGCAGACUUCCCUUAACAUCAAGACGGCUAUCAUGAAGCACAUGAAGGAAUUGAUGAAAAUGGAUCCUGAGACACUCCUGCAAGACAGAGCAGCCAAGUUCAGAAAGAUUGGUGACGUCGAUGAAAGUGGUGAAGUAGAUCCUCACAUCAAGCGAAACAUGAAGAAGCGGGACGCACCACUUGAAGAUAAUGAGCUCAGGUCGCUUCCUUCUGGUAACGGAAGCGCACCCAAGCCACUCAUGGCGAGCAGCAAUGCAACAAGCGACGGCUCCAGGGAGUAGGCUCAGGUGUAUCAAACCUUAGGUGCAUCCAUAUGUUUUAUUUAUAAUGCUUGCGCCCUUCUUCUGAUCUACGUGUUUUCACGAUAUCCUCUCAGUCGAGGAAGAUUGUACUGUAGUAGAUACUCCUCCGUUGAAUUGGUGACCCGCCAAGCCUCGAGUGAUCAUAUUACUUGUGAUGGCUUAGCUGUAUUAGUGAUGUUAUUCCUUGUCCCAAGCCGAAGAUUAUAUGGCGCUUUUCUGCAGCUGUGCUGUUUAGCCAACUGCCGAGGGCCGCAUACCAUGGUUUCCAUGCUAUGCUUUGUCGACAAUCAAACACUGCAGUAAAUUCAAGAAUCUUGGCAAGUGUAGGGUAGUUACUGCAGGGCACAAUCGAUACUUGGAUAGGUCCAUCUAGUUCAGCCUCCUGUGAAGGUUGUUGGGGUGAUUUGAUGUUUUCGAAAUACGAAUGGAAGAGGGAUUUGCAGCGGGUUAAGUUGAUCCUGCCUCAAUACUUAUUUCAGAAUGA